AACCCUAACUUUAACCCUUUGUCGCCUUAAUAUCCUAUUCAACUCCAUUUUCCAUUGCUCCAAAUGGGAAACAAAACCGAAUAAAAAUUAUUUAUGGGCUCUCUCCUAAAUUUCAAAUUUUCAAUGGUUGCUGCUUCAAGGUGCUUCAAGAUUCUCCUUCGAUACAAAGUCACUUUCAAUUUCAGUUCCAGUUUGGUUCGUGGUUUGGGUACCCGUAAUUUCUUCUCAGUUGAAUUCCCUUGUAUCCGCCUGUUUUACCCCAUUGUAAGUAAAAUCGUCCGAAAUUGUAACUCGCUCACAACUCAGGCUGCUCCAGAUGAUGAGAGGAUGACAGAUGAAUUCUUGAAUCAAAUUCUUGAUGCGUAUCGACACAGGCCGAAUUUGGGCGGGGAAAGGUGUAAUGCUUACAUUCAUAAGCUCUGCAAAGCUGGGAAUCUUUCUAUGGCUGUUAUGUUACUACAUUAUUUGCGUGAUAAAAAUAUAUUCAUCCCCACUGCAUAUAAUACACUUUUGGCUGCUGCUGCUGAAAGAAAUCAGAUUGAUCUUUCAUUUCAGAUAUUCAAAGAUUUAUUGAUGUUUCAUAGACAAUUGAACUCAGCUUGUUAUCUUAACCUUGCAAGGUCCUGUGCUAAUACUAAUGACUGUACAGCAUUGAUUAGAUAUGUGAAGCAAGUAUCGGAGUUAGCUUUCCCGAAAAACACAAUAAUUAUGAAUCGAAUCAUCUUUGCCUUUGGUGAAUGUAGGCAGAUAGAGAAGUCUCUUUAUAUAUUUGAUCAGAUGAAGGGUUUCGGAUGUAAGCCUGAUGUGAUAACCUAUAAUACUAUUUUGGAUAUCUUAGGUCGGGUGGAUGAAAUGGUCAAUGAGUUUACCACUAUGAAGAAAGCUGGCUUUGUUCCGGAUUUUAUUACUUAUAAUACGUUAUUGAACAACUUAAGGAAGGUUGGGAGGUUGGAUAUGUGCUUAUUGUUUUUUAGAGAAAUGGGUGAUAGUGGAAUUGAACCAGAUUUGAUUACUUAUAGAGAAAUGAUCGAGGCAUUUGGCCGAUCGGGGAACACUGAAAUAGCAUUAAGCCUCUUCAGUGAAAUGAAGCAGAGAAAGAUCCGUCCAUCAAUCUACAUUUAUCGAUCCCUAGUUGACAUUCUGAAGAAGGCAGGGAAGAUGGAUUUGGCAAUGUCGUUUCUAGAGGAGAUGAAUUUAUCCAUUUCAGACUUAUCUGGUUCAAAGGAUUUUAAACGAAAAUCUGAUUCAAAGGAUUUUAAACGGAAACAUUAGUUAUGUAAUUGAUUCAGGAAUUGAACUUCCAAAGAAUAUCUUUUCUGUCAUCUUGAGUACUUCAGUUUGGCUUAAAGCAGAAUACGGAUGCGUUACAAACGCUCCUUCGCACAAUAGUACUGAUGUUGGUAUUCUUGACAUGAGAAACAGAGGGAAGCAGAGCCAAAGGCCAAGCCCCAACCAUGGACAAUAUAUGGUUCAAAUUGGCCGAAAUGACUGUGCAUUCAAGCCUGACAUUCAUCUGCAAUGUAAUGGAAAUCAGUUGUCAUUUUGCCAAUGGUCAACUUGCUUCAACUGACGGCGAUGCUGGGUAAGCGAGCUUCGUGACUUGCGGCUUGUAUUUUGGACAAUAAAUCACAUAUAUGAAA